AUGACCACCGGAGCUGAGUCCCUCUCUAUUAAGGGAACUCCAUUAUCUGGACGUCCGUGGAAAAAAGAGGCGCGUCCGCGGCGCGCGCUGGCUAAGAGUGGCGGUGAGCGUUCCGCUGAGGAACGCAACCGCAAGAAGUGGGAAGAUGCACAGGCCUUUAAAAACGCUAUGAAGGAAGUAGCUGCUGAGGCAGGUGAGGCUAUAAAACAAGCAAAAGAAAGGCGUAUCGAACGCAACCGCAAGCUUAGAGAGAGGCGUGCCAAAAAAGAGGCUAAUGAAAUUAAAUCAGCUGGAAACGAGGUGGUACUAGUAAGCAACAAAAAGGUCGCAAAAAUGACCAAAAAGGCAAGGCGCAAGUUGACCAAGGUGACGUCAGAAAUGGCGAAUAUACUUAUGCGCAAGCAGUAA